AUGGCUAGAGGACCAAAGAAGCAUCAAAAGAGAUUAUCUGCUCCACAUCAUUGGAUGUUGGAUAAAUUAUCCGGUUGUUACGCUCCAAGACCUUCUGCUGGUCCACACAAGUUGCGUGAAUCUUUGCCAUUAAUUGUCUUUUUAAGAAAUAGAUUAAAGUAUGCCUUGAACGGUCGUGAAGUCAGAGCUAUUAUGAUGCAAAGACAUGUCAAAGUUGAUGGUAAGGUCAGAACUGAUAUCACUUACCCAGCUGGUUUCAUGGAUGUUAUUACUUUGGAAGCUACCAACGAAAACUUCAGAUUAGUCUAUGACGUUAAAGGUAGAUUUGCCGUCCACAGAAUUACUGAUGAAGAAGCUUCUUACAAAUUAGGUAAAGUCAAGAAGGUCCAAUUAGGUAAGAAGAGUGUUCCAUACGUUGUUACCCAUGACGGUAGAACCAUCAGAUACCCAGACCCAAACAUCAAAGUUAAUGACACUGUCAAGAUUGAUUUGGCUACUGGUAAGAUCACUGAUUUCAUCAAGUUCGAUGCUGGUAAGUUAGUUUACGUUACUGGUGGUCGUAACUUGGGUAGAAUCGGUACCAUUGUUCACAAGGAAAGACACGAUGGUGGUUUCGAUUUAGUUCACAUUAAGGAUUCCUUAGAUAACACUUUUGUUACUAGAUUGAACAACGUUUUCGUUAUUGGUGAACAAGGUAAGCCAUACAUAUCUUUACCAAAGGGUAAGGGUAUCAAAUUAUCCAUCUCUGAAGAACGUGACAGAAGAAGAGCUCAAUCUGGUUUAUAA